UUUGUUGUUUGGACUACCUGAUAAGGCUAGAAUGUUGCCGCUUCGCUUGGCUAUCAAUCAGCCAACUUUUCGCGAACCUUGUCCACGAUGGAUGGUGCCAGCGUUCUCGCAAAAUGCCUCAAGGAGCAGGGCGUCGAGUACAUGUUUGGAGUGGUUGGCUUUCCGAUUAUAGAAGUUGGUAUGGCAGCGCAGGCGCAUGGAAUCAAAUAUGUUGGAUGUAGAAAUGAGCAAGCGGCUUGCUACGCAGCACAAGCUAUGGGAUACUUGACAAGGAAGCCUGCUGUGUGUUUGGUUGUGUCUGGACCAGGUCUUCUCCAUGCCAUCGGUGGUCUCGCGAACGCCACUGUGAACUGCUGGCCAGUGAUCUGCAUUGGUGGCUCAUCCGACGUUGAUCAAGAGAACAGAGGAGCGUUCCAAGAAUGGCCACAAGUGGAAUCCGCUCGUCUCUCCUGUAAGCACGUUAGUCGCCCGACUACGUUGCAAGCCAUCCCAUUGCACGUCGAGAAGGCUGUUAGGGAAUGCAUGUAUGGUCGUCCUGGAGCUGUAUACCUCGACAUGCCUGGCAAUCUAGUCUUGUCUACAAUCGAAGAGGAGGAGAUACCAAAAGUGGCCAAAGUGCCACUACCACCACCAGUCAGCCUUCCGCCUGUGGAAGUUGUGCAGAGAGCUAUCGAAACCAUCAAGCAUUCGCAAAGACCUCUUGUUAUUGUUGGUAAAGGCGCAGCAUGGUCGGAACGUGGACCGAUUAUGGUGCAGCAGUUUCUCACCAAGAGUGGACUACCAUGGCUGGCAACACCUGGUGGUAAAGGAAUUUGCUCCGACAAUCACCCACGCUGUGUCGCUCCUGCUCGCUCCUUUGCACUUCGUGAAGCUGACUGCAUCAUUCUCAUUGGUGCAAGAUUGAACUGGAUGUUACAUUUCGGCUUACCACCAAGGCUCAAUAAAGACGUUAAAGUAGUACAGAUCGAUCUUUCGCCAGAAGAAUUUCAUCAAAACUUGCCAACUACAGUCCCCCUACUGGGAGAUAUUGGAGAAACGCUUAGCUCGAUGAUUGUGCAACUGGACGAAUGGCGCUAUCCACAAAAGGAGAAGUGGAUGACCGAUCUCUUAGCAAACGGUGACAAAAACAGGAAUGUUGUCGAGCAGAUGGCCAACGAUCACUCUACUCCACUUAACUACUAUGCAGCUUACACACCCAUUCGCGAAUUCCUCGCAAGAAACGAUGUAAUUGUGGUGAAUGAGGGAGCAAAUACGAUGGAUAUAGGACGGACCAUGAUGCCAUCUACGUUGCCGAGAAGACGUCUGGAUGCUGGAACGUUUGGAACCAUGGGAGUGGGACAGGGCUAUGCGCUGGCUGCAGCACUGUACUGUCGAGACCACUCACCAACAACAAGAGUGCUGGUGGUUCAAGGCGAUAGUGCGUUUGGUUUUUCCGGAAUGGAGAUUGAGACUAUCGCUAGGUACAAACUCCCUGUUGUGACCGUAGUUCUGAACAACAGCGGAAUCUAUCGUGGCAUGUUGCCAGAAGAUAUGAACGCUGUUGAAGGCGAUCCAACGUUAUUAUAUCCAGUGCUAUCACUCUCACCCGAAUGCCGAUAUGAUGACAUGUGCAAGGCACUUGGUGGAGAUGGCUACUUGGUGAAAACUGUCCCAGAAAUUAAGGAUGCACUACAUAAGGCAUUCGAGAAGAAAAAUGGUCCGAGCCUCAUCAAUGUCAUCAUCUCGACGGAUUCUGAACGUAAAGCACAAGCACAUCCUUGGUUGACUCGUUCCAAAAUGUAAAGAAAAGAUUUCUAGAGUGUCAAGCGAAAAUACAAUUUUUUAUGUGCAAUAAAAAACCUUAGUUCGUAAC